AUGGCUGUGGUUUCAGUCCCGACAUUGCUGUCCGCACUGGUGCCGGUGACAUUCCUCUACUUCGUUGCAUUGGCAAUAUAUCGAGUUUACUUCCACCCUCUGGCCAAAUAUCCCGGACCUCUUCUGGCCAAACUGACGCAAUGGCCCGAAGCAAGAUCAGCCUGGCAAGGAAGGAGAUUUCUCAACUUACAUCUGAUGCACGAGAAACAUGGGGACGUCGUCCGAUUCGCACCUGAUAAACUCUCCUUUCGAACCACAGGCGCUCUGCGGGACAUUUACGCGGACCGACGAGCCAACGUGAUUAAGACAGGUUGGACAUAUGCUGGUUUGCGCAUCAACCCUGGUAUCACCACCCAGACAUUAUCAGAUCGUCAACUGCACGCCGCUCGGAGAAAAUUGCUCAACAACGCAUUUGCUGAAGGUGCCUUGAAGAACCUGGAGAAAUAUGUCGUUGCCAAUAUCCGGGAUUGGUGUAAUCAUUUAGGAGAGGCUAAGGAUGGUGACGAGAAGGAGCCUGGCUGGGGCAAAGAGCGUGAUCUUGGCCUCUGGUCUACACUCCUGACCUUUGAUGUCCUUGGAGAUCUCUGUUUCGGGUCAAGCUUCGACGCCAUGAAAAAUGGCUUCACCUAUAUCCAAGAGCUCAUCUUGUCGUCUUCCAGCUUUCAGCAAAGUAUUGCAUUCCUUCCGAUCAGGGAAUUGGUGUUCCCACUGAUGAAGCCAAAGAUUCUGUUGCUCACUGGCAACAAGAAUAUCAAGCAAAAGGUCAUGUAUCGACAACAAAUCGGGGUGCUGGUCCAGAAGCGCUUCGCUCUGGAGAAUGCCAAUGCCGAUAAAGCCGAUGAACUCCAGCGCAAAGACUUCUUCCACCAUCUCUUGAAUGCUAAGGAUCCCGAGACCGGCGAGAAGUUCAAACCAACUGACCUCGUGGGAGAAGCCGCGCUGCUGGUUGGUGCCGGUGCCGAUACCUCUUCAACGGCAAUGUCUGCUUGCUUUUUCUAUCUGAUGCGCACACCACGAGCGCUUUCUAGACUGCAAGAGCAAGUCCGCUCCGCCUUUGACGACGUCGAAGAAAUCAGAUAUGGCGCAAAACUCACCGGUCUAGCAUAUCUUCGAGGCUGCAUCGAUGAAGCUAUGCGAAUGUCACCACCAGUGCCCGGCCUUCUGGACCGACAAGUCCUGCCUGGCGGUGCUAACAUCGAUGGACACACCAUCCCCGAAGGCAUGGUUGUCGGCGUCCCGACUUACUCCAUUCACCACAACGAGAAAUAUUAUCCUCGGCCAUACGAAUUUCUUCCAGAGCGAUGGAUUGCAGGAUCUGACUCCUUGGUCACCGGAUUUGAUGUCACACCUGAGAGCGUGGAAAAAGCAAAGUCCGCGUUCAAUGCCUUCAGUUCUGGUCCGCGGAACUGCGUCGGCAAAAACAUGGCAUACAUGGAACUGUUCGUUGCCAUUGCGCGUACGAUGUGGCUGUUCGACAUCAGGCUUAAGGAAGGUGACCACACAGGGGAGGGGCGUCCCGAAUUAGGACUUGGACGUGAAAAGCCUGGCGAGUACCAAUUGACAGAUUGGCUGAUUUCGGAGAGGCACGGGCCUGUGCUGGAAUUCAGGAAAAGGACAAUUUCGUGA